AUGGCUAAGAAUCACGCAGACCUCCAGGGGGCUCUAUUUAACUCGUCGAGAUACCUGGCGGAUUUGCUGACUCGUUGUGCGUUCAUCGAAGAACAGUUUUAUGAGGGUGGAGAUCUUGUUAUAGUGAAUGUCGAAAAAGAACGAUCGAUCGUCCGGGUGUAUGUGGCAAUAUUGCGAUAUUCUGCCGAAAUACAGAGAGUUCGACAGUUCAACAAGGGAGAAGACAUCGUGGCGAGUAUAACGGCUAUAACAAGCCAGCCACUCACGCAGCUCAAGACCUCGAUCAAGGAAGAAGAGACCCACCUGCAUCACUGGCUGGUCCUGGACCAGCACCUGCACCGAAAAAAGGAGGCAGAUGCUAUUCUGACUCACCUCGAUAAAUUGAUGGUGGAUUUCCAAAAAAUGCGCGAUGCAGUUGAUAUGUUAAAUCUCCCUUUCGCCAAGGGUGCAUUUUUUGACUCGUUCGAGGACCAGCAUGAGGAUGAAUGCCUUGCUGGAACGCGAACGGAAUUACUUCAGCAGAUGCAGGACUGGGGGAGGUCCAGUGAGAGGUCUAGUGGGAAACACAUUUUCUGGCUGAGCGGAAUGGCAGGCACUGGAAAGUCCACUAUUGCGAGAACGGUAGCUCGAUCGUUCAACGAGGAUGGCAUUCUCGGAGCGAGUUUCUUUUUUAGAAGAGGCGAAGGAGAUCGGGGCUCGGCCGCAAAGUUUUUCCCCACGAUUGUGAAGCAACUGGCAGUCCAUAUUCCUGGAAUGAUUACUGGCAUGCGAAAGGCCAUCGAGGAAGAUCCUGCAAUUCCGGGUAAAUCACUUAAAGAGCAGUUUAAUAAGCUCAUGUUGCAGCCAUUGCUCGCCGUGGAUGAGGGACAAUUAAAUGCUUCUACGGUGGUUGUCAUCGACGCCCUAGAUGAGUGCGAGCGGGAGGAAGACAUCGAGAUCAUCCUCGACCUUUUACCCAAGGUUGAGACGGCAACAAAGACAGCAAUCCGAUUCUUCUUGACCAGCCGGCCGGAGUCACCCAUCCGUUUUGGAUUUGAUCAGAUCGAUCAGAGCAACUACCAGAACACCAUCCUGCAGAACUUGGAUGAUAAUGUGAUAAAGCAUGAUAUCACUCUAUAUCUUGAAGAAGAAUUCUCUAAAAUAUUGCAGAAGCGCCAGCAUGAUCUCCCCCCUGACUGGCCUGGAGAGGAAAGAAUCGAAGCCUUAGCAAUGAUGGCUUGUCCGCUCUUUAUCUUUGCAGCCACAAUGUGUCGUUUCGUGGCGGAUAGGCGUUUUGACCCGGAUGAGCGGCUUCGGGAGUUUUCUACUAAUUCUACAGGAUCAAAGAUGGAUGACACAUACCGACCAGUUCUGAACCAACUCCUUGUCAAGGACGCUACGGACAGGACUAAGCUGAUUGAAAAGUUUCAGAGAAUCAUUGGUGUAAUCAUUUUUCUUGCCAAUCCGCUCUCAUUGAGCUCUCUUGCGGAGCUGCUUGGAACACCGGAACGCUAUAUCAGUAUUCAUUUGGACUUAUUCCAUUCAGUCCUGUCUAUACCCAGCGAUUCAAAACUACCUAUACGGACCCUGCAUUUGUCCUUCCAUGAUUAUCUGGUGGAUGAUCGUACAAAAGACGAAGAGGCCACGUCUCGAUUCUGGGUGGAUAAAAAGGAGAAGCACAAGCUUAUAGCCUGCCAAUGUCUUGCUGUCAUGGGCCGUUAUCUCAGAAAGAAUAUUUGCGAUCUGCCAAGCCAUGGGACCAGUCGAACAGAGAUAGACCAUGAUGCUAUGGCAAGAUUUCUCCCGCCUGCUCUGCAGUACGCCUGUCGUUAUUGGGUUUACCAUCUCGCCCAAAGUUCAGCAUCAGCCGAUACUAUUGACCAAGUGCUCAUCUUCCUCAAAGAGCACUUUCUUCAUUGGCUGGAGUCAAUGAGCAUUUUGGGGAUGAUACCCGAGGCUAUAGUUGCAGUAAAUUCAUUGCUCCAGCUGACAAAAGAUAUACACAGUAAUGAGAUACAUGUUUUCCUCGGAGAUGCCCGCAGAUUUAUGCUAAAGUUUGCACACAUUCUUGAUACGGCACCACUGCAGCUGUACAGCGCUGGCCUGAUUUUCGCACCAUAUAAAUCGUUGAUCAGAGAGAACUUUGAAAAAGAACUCCCUGCUUGGUUAUGCAAAGGCCCAAAAGUGGAAGAGUAUUGGAAUCCAGAAAUGCAAACGCUUGAGGGCCAUUCUGGCCCUGUUGAGUCGGUCACCUUCUCCGGCGAUAGCCAGCUUCUUGCAUCGGGCUCUUAUGAUCACACUAUUAAGCUGUGGGAUCCCGCCACGGGCGCUCUCAAGCAUACGCUCGAGGGCCAUUCUAGCUGGGUUCGGUCGGUUACCUUCUCCGGCGAUGGCCAGCUUCUCGCAUCGGGCUCUAUUGAUCACAUUAUCAAGCUGUGGGAUCCCGCCACGGGCACUCUCAAGUAUACGCUCGAGGGCCAUUCUAGCCGGGUUGAGUCGGUCGCCUUCUCCGGCGAUAGUCAGCUUCUCGCAUCGGGCUCUAAUGAUAACACUAUCAAGCUGUGGGAUCCCGCCACGGGCGCUCUUAAGUAUACGCUCGAGGGCCAUUCUGGCCGGGUUGAGUCGAUCGCCUUUUCCGGCGAUGGCCAGCUCCUCGCAUCGGGCUCUAAUGAUAACACUAUUAAGCUGUGA